UUUUAUCACUGUAAUACAUCUACACUUUGACAUUAAUAGUUUGAUCUAUUUCUCUGCAGCCUGUGGCCUCUCUGCAACUACAGCACACUCUGACAGACCAUGUGGUCAAUGUGUCCCACUGCACUGUCCUCCAAUGUGUUUGUGCCACACUCUGGCAGACGGCUGGCAGGAACUCAGCAUUGUUUGGUGAUUGGCUAGGAGCUAAGUGGUGGUGACGGAUGGUGAUGUUGAUGUAUUUACCUCUUGUGCACUGACAGGAAGCUGUUCCUGUGCCCUGAUUGACUGACUCUCAUCACAGCAAAGCCUGUCUUGCUUUGUUUAACCGGGUCAAGUUGCGGAGCAGUUUGCUUACUCGUUCAAUGAGACGUCCAUGAAGAUGAGGGGAAGACCUUCGCUAAUCUUGGCUGACAUUGGCGGCUUGGCAAGCAGAAAAGCUCCACAGUUAAAGUGCAAAAACAGAGAGACUUUCUAUGACAUCCAAGUUGCUAUUAUCUCCCCUCAGAAAAAUGAAAUAUAUUUAUUUAUUCCGUAAUUAUUGAUUCCUUGAGAUAAAGCAGAAGUUACAGUGUAAAAAUUGGUUUCACCCAUUUAUCUAGAAAGUUUUUUUUUUCCUGUGAGAUCUAAAAUGAAAAUAUUCUUUAAUAAAUGAAAAAAGUGUAUUUCUAUCCCAAUAAUAUCCUCAAAGACUGUGAUGUAGAACCCACGAGCAUAUGUGUAAUUGUUUCCACGCUGGUCCUGCAGAGCGUUUAUUCAUUCCUGUACUGGAGCCAAAAAAAUAUGAAAAGGCACACACACAGACACACACAAACGCACGCUGUUGCGUUGUCAGAUAACCCCCUCUAGUGCCGAGCGUGUUGCACAGAUGCGCACAGUCCCUCUGUGUUGGCCCCCGCUUCAGCUGCUGUUCCGCUGCAUCCCAUCAUUUCUCUAUUCCCAGUCCCAAUCUCUCUGCUUCUGCUGCUGCUGCGGACUGGCUUCCAGCUCACAGUGCGCUCCACACCGCCGUGCCAAAACUCCUGCUUCCAAUCCCAGAGACUGUCACAAUUGUGUGCUGCGCACGGACGGAGACGCACCAGAAUGCGUUUAGUUGUGCUUUUGGCGGUGUCGGGAACUGAAAGUCCGCGCGAAAUUGGCAAAGUUGUCAGGAGGAAAGUGUCUCCCGCCUCGAGAGGACAUUAGAUCCGACUUUGGGCACCUUGUCCAGCAAGCUCUGACUGCAUGCGUGCCGGAGGGUGCCGCGCCGCCACCAGGUGAAGGAUGACGCUUCCCCUGAGCCGUCGCUCGGCCGCUGUCCGCAACCAGGAUCAAAUGUGAGGAGCGGGACGCGCGGAUCUGUGCUCCUGAGACGAUUUCUCCUAACAAACCAGCUCCUUUCGGCUAUACUAAAAAAGUACUCCACUCUAAAGCGCCGAUAAAUGCUGCAGCAGACAUGACUUUUGGGAGCAGAUGGGUUUUUAUUUCUCUCGUUGUUGGAAUGUCCCUCACUCGCCACAGCCUCUGCAACCAAGUUGUGCUGCUGGAUACAACAUCUGUGCUUGGAGAGCUGGGAUGGAAGACAUAUCCUAUAAAUGGGUGGGAUGCUAUCACAGAGAUGGACGAGCACAACAGACCCAUCCAUACUUUUCAGGUGUGCAGCGUUAUGGAACCCAAUCAGAACAACUGGCUUCGGUCCAACUGGAUCUCCCGACAAGCAGCCCAAAAGGUCUAUGUGGAACUGCGCUUCACCUUGCGAGACUGCAACUCUAUUCCUUGGGUGUCUGGCACCUGUAAGGAGACUUUCAACCUUUUUUACCAUGAAACAGACGAAGCUCACGGUGUCAAGUUUAACCCAGCACCAUACAAAAAGAUUGACACCAUAGCUGCUGAUGAGAGCUUCACUCAGAUGGAUCUGGGAGAUCGCAUCCUCAAACUAAACACUGAAGUGCGUGAAGUGGGACCUAUAAGGAAGAAGGGGUUUUAUCUGGCAUUCCAGGACAUUGGUGCUUGCAUUGCAUUGGUUUCGGUCAGGGUUUAUUAUAAAAAAUGUCCAUUCACUCUGAGGAACCUGGCAUCAUUUCCAGACACAGUGCCUCGCAUGGAUUCUUCCUCGUUGGUAGAGGUGAGAGGCGCGUGUAUUGACCAUGCUGAGGAGAGAGAUACACCCAAGCUGUUUUGUGGAGCUGAUGGAGACUGGUUGGUCCCUUUGGGAAGAUGCGUUUGCAGUGUGGGAUAUGAGGAAAUUGAUGGAUCAUGUGUUGCAUGCCGUCCAGGCUUUUACAAAGCUUACGCUGGAAAUAUCAAGUGUUCAAAGUGUCCGCCGCACAGUUUCAGUUAUGGAGAAGGGUCCUUCAUCUGCCGCUGUGAGAAAGGAUUCUUCCGAGCCGAGAAAGACCCUCCAACCAUGGCUUGCACGCGCCCUCCAACUCCUCCUCGUAAUUUGAUAUUUGCCAUCAAGGACACCUCCCUAAUGCUGGAGUGGUCCCCCCCUAGCGAUACCGGAGGCCGUCGUGAUCUCACCUACAACGUUCAGUGCAAACGCUGCGAUUCCAAGCCCAACCACUGCAAACUCUGUGAGGAGGAGCUUCGUUUCCUUCCGCGAUCUUUGGGUCUCACCAAUGCCACGGUUACUAUCAUGGAUUUCUCAGCACACGCCAACUACACCUUUGAGAUUGAGUCGUUGAAUGGCGUAUCAAGCCUCAGUUCUUUCCCCCGCCAAGUUGCAGCUAUCACCGUCAGCACGGAUCAGGGCGGUCCGUCUCUGAUUGGUAAUCUCAAGAAAGACUGGGCUUCUCCAAACAGCAUUGCUCUCUCCUGGCAGCAGCCCGAGGAAACAACACUUCCUGUUCUAGAGUAUGAGGUCAAAUACUACGAGAAGGAGCACGAGCAGUUGAGUUUCUCGUCAACACGCACCAAGGUGCCCAGUGUGAUCGUUUCUGGGUUACUUCCAGCCACCUGGUAUGUCUUCAGCGUGCGCACCCGGACAUCAGGUGGAUUCAGCUCGUACUCCUCCAAAUAUGAAUACCAAACUACAGGAGACUCUUCAGACAUCGCCUCUGAUCAAGGCCAGGUGUUAGUCAUUGUCACGGCAGCAGUUGGUGGCUUCACCCUUGUCAUCAUCCUCACCCUCUUCCUCCUCAUUACUGGACGAUGUCAGUGGUACUUUAAGGCAAAGAUCACCUCAGAGGAAAAACGACGGACUAAUUAUCUGAACGGAAGCGUACCUUUUCCCGGGAUAAAGACAUAUGUGGACCCCGAUACGUAUGAGGAUCCCACACAGGCCGUGCAUGAAUUCACCAAGGAGAUUGACCCAUCCAGGAUCCACAUUGAGAGAGUGAUUGGAGCCGGUGAAUUCGGGGAGGUGUGCAGUGGACGCCUGAGGUCACCGGGGAAGAAGGAAAUUGCCGUGGCAAUAAAGACCCUGAAAGGAGGUUAUGUUGAGCGCCAGCGGCGGGACUUCCUGCGCGAAGCAUCCAUAAUGGGGCAGUUUGACCACCCCAACAUCAUCCGGCUGGAGGGCGUUGUUACAAAAAGUCGCCCUGUGAUGAUCGUCGUGGAGUACAUGGAAAAUGGAUCCCUUGACUCUUUUCUGAGACAACACGAUGGUCACUUCACGGUCAUCCAGCUGGUUGGGAUGCUGCGGGGCAUCGCCUCAGGCAUGAAGUAUUUGUCCGACAUGGGUUACGUUCACCGAGAUCUGGCAGCUCGAAACAUCCUGGUAAACAGCAACUUGGUGUGUAAAGUCUCCGACUUUGGCUUGUCCCGAGUGCUAGAGGACGACCCGGAGGCUGCGUACACCACAACGGGCGGAAAGAUCCCUAUCCGAUGGACCGCUCCCGAGGCCAUAGCAUACAGAAAGUUUUCAUCGUCAAGCGACGCAUGGAGCUACGGCAUCGUCAUGUGGGAGGUGAUGUCGUAUGGAGAGCGGCCAUAUUGGGAGAUGUCCAAUCAGGAUGUCAUCCUGUCCAUUGAGGAGGGCUAUCGUCUGCCAGCACCAAUGGGUUGCCCUGUGGCUCUGCACCAACUGAUGCUUCACUGUUGGCAGAAAGACAGGAACCAUCGGCCGAAAUUCACAGACAUCGUUUCCUUCCUGGAUAAACUAAUCCGUAAUCCCAGCGCCCUGCUGCCUCUGGUGGAAGAGCUCCAGAGUCUACCGGAAUCUCCGGCAGAGGAGAUGGACUACCCAAUGUUCAUCUCUGUCGGCGAUUGGCUGGACUCCAUAAAAAUGAGUCAAUACAAGAGCAAUUUUAUGGCAGCUGGCUUCCACACGUUGGAUUCUGUGGCCAGGAUGAGUAUUGAAGAUGUGAGGCGUAUUGGCGUGGAGCUGAUCGGCCACCAGAGGAGGAUCAUCAGCAGCAUACAGACCCUUCACCUUCAGCUACUGCACGAACAGGAGAACGGCUUCCAUGUAUGAGGACGCUCUUGAACACAGCCUGGGAUGGGCGCGACGACGGAGCAGAUGGAAGCGAAGUCUAAGCCGUGCGGCCACAGCCUACAGCCUGUGCCUGGGUCUUAAGUCCUCAUGCAGGAGGUCAUCGGACAGAAACUCCAACAGACCUCUCCUCGGCCUCCCACUCAUUUUGUACACCCCCCCUUACACCUGUACGCCUGGCUCUACCAGACUCUGCAAGACCUCACAGGCAAGCCCAGGCCCUCACUUAGGGGAAUGUAAUGCCUUGUUGAAACAAGAGUACCUUUUGAGUGGAGCAACAAUAUCUAGAAACGAAGACUUGCAAAUGUAAUCCACUGACUCUUUGGAUUUUUUUUUUCUUUUGCUCAGAAUUAUGUGCUCAUGUAGCUGCUAUCAAGUGUGCAAUUUAUAACAGUUAGUCCUUAAAAAUUAAAUAUGCUGAAAUAUUUUAUUAUUUUGCGUUUAAUAGUUUAUCCUGAUAGUUUAUUUAUAUAUUGCUUUAGCACUCUCCAGAAAAAUGGUACAAUAUUACUUGAAGAAAGACGAAAGUUAGGCAGAUUCAAUGAAUGUUUAAGUGUAUAGACAAUUAAAGUUAUAAAAAUCUAAUAUGAAUAUAUAUGUGCAGUUCUGUAUGUGAAAGCCCUUGUAAAUCUGGAUAUUAUUUAGGAUAUUCUUUUAUGUUGUCAUAAUUAGCAAUACAGUAUUAUGCAGUCACCUCAGUAAAGAAAGAUGAAUGACAAACCACCAUACAAGUCAGACGGCGUGCUCACAGAUGUGGAAUCCGCCUGGUUCCUUCUUCUGUAUUAACUACGAAUGUCAAACAUAGCCAGGGGCAAAAAAACAAAACAAAAAAAAGGCACAAUCUCCACUGUCUUUAUAAAUGAAUGUUCACUGAUUUUUAGAUAGAAAUGGGAGAUAUUUUCUAGUGUUUGGAGGCAUCAUUUGUUCAUACCUGGACAUACACUAACAGAAGCACCGGCUGACAGGAUGCGGGAUGAGGCCCUGGAAAAAACCAGGAAAAGUGUACAGACCGUGAGAGAUCUUAGCGGUUUGUGCACUGUGGUCACAUGACACAUGGGCAGCCAGCAUAUAUAAGUACGGUUUGAAAUGAAAACUGCUUGUGUCUGCUUUAUGUCAUGGGUGUUUUAAAGAUUCUUCAUCAUUCCUUCUGUGGUAAAUACACAGUAGUGCAGAAUUUAGUCUAGUCCAAGAUGAAAAAGGUUAGCUGCCUGAGAAAAACAGAAGUAGCUUAGUGUAAGCCUAAAGUUGUGAGGAUUGUAAAGAGGAAGCUGACAAAAAAAUGUAAAAAAAAACAAAAAAAAAAAAAAACAACAGCAUCAUUACUUAUCACACGCCGUUUUAACAUCAGCCGUUAUUUACACACACGCAAAGACACACAAUGCCUUAACGUCUCUUUCCAUGCAAGACACGUUUGUGAGUUUCAGUGCAGUCACAGGACCUAGCCAUUCUUCCGAUUGUAUGAGAGCGACGGCCGACAUGUCGCAAACUGGAGCUCGGGGCUCAAUUCAGACCUCGUCUAAGCUUCAGGAAUGGGAACGGUGCACGCACACAAAACCCAAACUUUUCCACUCAUGCUCCCUGUCACCACCCCCUUUACAAAAUACUGAGAUUUUCAGAUGCUGUUCGUUUGGCAUGUUCUACUGCUGAGCAAUGUUAGAACGUUCUUUUGUACAAAGUACAAGUAAACUUAUGAUUCUUGUAUCAUUAUUUUUUUAUAAUUUCCAAAGAGAUGUAGUACAUCUUGCACACUGUAAGAAGGAGAUUCAGCGAAUAUUUAUUUGCAAAAUAAAGAUGAACUGUUCUGGUGGUUGCUCAA